AUGGCUGCCUCCGACGGUGCUUCUUCGAUCAACGUUGCAGUCAGAGUCCGCCCAUUUACUAUCAGGGAGGCAGCCCAGAUCACUCGGUGUGAUGAUGGCCCCCUGUUCCUCGGCGACGGGUCCCUCGCCAGUGCACCAACCCCGAAGCUUAAUCAGAAAGGAAUAAGGUCAAUCGUCAAGGUUAUCGACGAUCGGUGCCUGGUGUUCGACCCCCCAGAGGACAAUCCUGUCCAGAAAUUCUCCCGCAGCGUGGUGCCCAACGGAAAACGCGUCAAAGACCAAACCUUCGCCUUCGAUCGCAUCUUCGACCAAAAUGCCUCCCAAGGAGAGGUCUACGAGUCUACCACGCGCAGCUUGCUUGAUAAUGUACUUGACGGAUAUAAUGCGACUGUGUUUGCAUACGGUGCAACUGGAUGUGGAAAAACUCAUACUAUUACUGGAACCGCUCAGCAGCCCGGUAUAAUUUUUCUCACUAUGCAAGAGUUAUUCGAACGGAUUGAUGAACGAUCGAGCGAAAAGUCGACCGAGGUGACCCUCUCCUAUCUUGAGAUCUACAACGAGACCAUUCGUGAUUUGCUGGUCCCCAGUGGCAGCAGUGGAAAAGGAGGCCUGAUGCUGCGGGAGGAUUCUCAGCAGACCGUCUCUGUUGCGGGUUUGACAAGUCACCACCCGCACAACGUAGGGCAGGUCAUGGAUAUGAUCAUGCAAGGAAACGAGCGCCGAACCAUGUCUCCCACCGAAGCCAAUGCCACUUCCUCUCGAUCGCACGCCGUCCUUCAAAUCAACAUCGCCCAGAAAGACCGAAACGCGGAUGUCAAUGAACCCCAUACAAUGGCCACUUUCAGUAUCAUCGAUCUUGCUGGAAGUGAGCGAGCCAGUGCGACAAAUAAUAGAGGAGCACGCCUGUUCGAAGGUGCCAACAUCAACAAAUCUCUUCUGUCUUUGGGAAGCUGCAUUAAUGCUCUCUGCGACCCCCGAAAGCGCAAUCACAUCCCUUACCGAAAUUCAAAGCUCACUCGGCUGCUUAAAUUUGCCCUGGGUGGAAACUGCAAGACGGUCAUGAUUGUCUGUGUCAGUCCUUCCAGUCAGCACUUUGAUGAGACUCAGAAUACACUUCGAUAUGCGAACAGAGCGAAGAACAUUCAGACCAAGGUAACGCGAAAUGUCUUCAAUGUUAACCGACACGUGAAGGACUUCUUGGUCAAGAUUGAUGAGCAAAUGAACUUGAUCAAUGAGCUCAAGGCGCAGGCAAAGGACCACGAGAAGGUGGCCUUUGCGAAGUUCCGCAAACAGGGCGAAAAGAAAGACGCUGUGUUGCGUGAAGGCGUUGCCCGAAUCCGCAAUGCCUAUGAGCAUACAUUGCCCGAAAGACAAGAGCGAACUAAUAACAUGCUGAAAUCACGACAAAUCGGCCGCCGAAUUGCGAUUCUAUCAUCAUGGAUCGCAGCAUUUGAUAACAUCUGCGCCAAGCGUGAGAGCAACGAAGGAUUAUCUAGCCUUUAUGCUGUUCGCAAAAGUGCACAGGGAAUUCUCCUCGAGUUGGAAGGCAGCAGACACCAUUAUAACCAGAGAUUAUCAAAGAGCACCUGGGACCGAGCGCUGAAUUCAGCAGUUGAGAACGCCGCGAAACAACUCAAGGAAUUUGACAUCACUGAUAAUAGUGACUACGCCAACUUGAACCGAGAAGCAGAUCUUUUGAGGUCAAGUGCGGAGCGCGAGGCAUUGACAGCUGUGGCGGAGCAAGAUAAGGCCGGAGAAGCCGGUGCUGUGCAGCUAUUGCUAGAAGCACAGUUCGAGAUUAUGGCGUCGAUCGAGGAUAUUAUGCAGCUCAAUGCAAGCGAGGCCAUCAAAAAGGGACGGACCAUCCUUUCUAAGAUGUUGGACGAUUGUUCGAAUACUGCAAGCAACCUGGUCAAACCCGACGGCAGCAUGCCUGCUGUCCCCGGUUUCACUGCCGCUAGGCCCCCAAGCCCGAUGAAACCAAAGAAGAGAUUCAGCUUGGUGGGCAUGCCACCUGUUUCAACUGCCAACCCACCUCCAGUUGUACUGGCACCCGUCGCUCCGCCCUCGCCCACGAAGGGCUCUCCGCGUCGGCGCAAGGCCGCUGCGGGUCGCAAAAGCGUCAGCUUCACACCAAAGAAGUCACAGGCCAAAGCCCCAAAGAGAUCUGUUCGUUGGAGGGACGAUGAGCAAGAAGGCGAUCUCACUGAGUUCCAAAAGACACCCAAGAAAGCAGAAUCUACAGACGAGUACAGCUCCGAGGAGCCGUCAUUGCCUCCUCGCAAGGGAUCUCCUAUUCCACGGAACUUGCCAAGGAUCGUGAGCCCGUCGGGCUCCAUCUCUCCCACUCCUCCUGAUGAACCCUCCGAGCAAGCUGAGCCGACACUCAAUGUACAGAAGAACGCCAGUCGAUUCCAAGCGGGUUUCUUAUCGAAGAGGAACGGUAGCUCACCUCUCGCACCGCCUCCUACCUCCUCUCUCCCCCUUUCUCGCAGCAGGGAAAGCUCUCCACUUCGUGACAUUGAGGGAAGCAGCUUCAUGAACCGCCCGGUGACGGAACGUCCAUCGCGGAUCGCAGUCCGCAGCCCUAGUGGGAACCUCCUGAGCAGUCCGAUUUCCGAGAAUCGAGACAAUUGGAAGUCGGACAGGGAGGAAGCAAUUAAGAUCAACUCGGCUAUGCGUCGUAUGUCUAGUGGACGGGUCAUCAGUGGACAGCACGGGGCCCCAUCCGCCAACGCACUUCGCGUCCACCGUCGGCGCAGUCCCACAGCUGCCACUCACGGGGCCUCGCCCAGUGACAAUCACAUGUUUACUGCAUCGCAGGCACGGCGCAUGGUCAAGAGCGAGAGGGAACAUGAUGCGAAACCCCGCGUAUUGAGUCCUCACACGCUCCCCGUCAUGAAGCAUACGGGACGUCGCUCGACGCUAGGGGAUGGCCGACCUCGAAACGUCAGUCUCUCCAGCAGAGAUGCUAUUCGUCUCAGUACGAUGGCAGCUCCCGAUCAAAGCGCAGAGGAUUGGUCGGGUGGGCUACGAUAA